GGGGCGGAGUGGGCAGACAGUCUGGCAUGGUGCGCGGGGAUGGAUGAAUGCCCAUGGGACACUGCACGGGAGGCGUUGUGUCUCGUUAGAACUUGAGUUUAACGUUGCUCUUGCUGCUUGUCUUGCCGGUCAAUCUCAAAUCUGUGUCAUUCAACGUUUCCAUCUCAUCAUUCCUUCGUGUUGACUUGUCGAACCAUUACCUCAAACGUACAGCUCAAACACGAAACAAGAUGGUUCUAGGAAUUAUGACCGCCAUAGCGGCGUGUCCAGCCAUUAUCGGCACGACAGAAGCUGUGAGAUCGGGACAGAACAAAAACGCCAAAGAAAAGCAUCGGGGCGUGAAGUCAAACCUCAUAGUCGGAUGUUUCAGCAGAUCAAGGAGCGCCAGCGAGAUAAAUGGCUGCAUGGUGGUGUUGCGAGAUAAUAAGCUCUAUAUUGCCUCGCCAGACGCCACUCGCUCGAAGCCUGGAGGCCACCUUUUCGCCGGCUAUUUUCUUCCAUUUCCCGAGGAGAACUGGGGCCGUAAAGGCGAAGGCAUGGUCACCACCAUCUCGGACGACCCACCACAACUCAACUGGGUGUAUAUGGAUUCUUUUACUUGCGAGCUCAAGUAUGGGCUGCGCGUUGACGCAGAGCCAAACAUCGUAGGGCCGUGGACGGUGACGCCGAUUGAACGUCGCACUACACUAGAUGGAUGGGAGGGGUUUAUGGCAGUGAAGGAAGAUGAUGGGUCGUGGGCGCUCUAUUUCGACUAUAACGACGAUGGGUUGUCGGGGUUCGCUGAUGGCAAGAAGAAGAUGGAGGUGGAGUUGACAAGGAGAGAGAGGAGGGUUGCAAAGGAGUAUGACGACGAGUGAAUGUUGAGCUAAAAGUGAAUCUUUUUUGAUAUUAGCGGGCGAAUGGCGUUGGGAAGCACUCAUAUUCCCCGUAUAUACCCUGU